GCUCUCACAAUGCUACUCUGACAGCUCAGCCCAAUAGAGACUGACUGCAGCCACAAGGGGUCCCCGGCUGCUCUGCCUGCCGAUUGUGACUUCAACUCCACAACACCUUAUUAGACUCCGGAGAUGCUGCUUUAUUUUAUCUUGGAUCCCAUUCCAUCUCUUGCCACAUCAUGAGCAUGAGGAACUGACACCACUACCAAAGCUGCACCGGGGGGAGGUUGUGCCCGGCCAGCCUCUGCCACCGUGCCAACUCUGAGAUCAAUACCAAUUUUGGAAGGAGCAGACAAAACCAAAACACUCUAUUAGCUUCUUCUUGUUUUUUUUUUUUUUCCUCCCCAUCAUCACUGAUCUGAUUGUUGUAUCACAAGUAAGUAAUGGCGCUGACGUCUUGGUUUAGGUGGAAUGACUCCAACUUAAGACUGCCUCACAGGAGCCCAUCCGACAUGGUGGUGGAUACACUUAUGAUGGAACUCAGCUGGCAGAUGAAGCAGGCUGAGAAACAGCAUCGUGAGAAGGAGAAUGAGUAUAGGAAGAUCAAGACUGGGGUGGACUACAGCUGGCUGGUUAGUUACCCAAAGCACAAUUAUGACAUCAGCCCCGGAGAGAGGCUCCAAUUGGAGGAUUCCUGCAGCAGGAUCCACCCAUCUUACUGUGGGCCAGUUAUCCUCAGAUUCCGUCAACUGGUGGCAGAGUACGAGCCCGACGUCCAGGAAGUCCCUCAUCUCUUCCGAUCCGUCUUACAGGAAGCAAAUGAGAAGAUGAAAGAGGAGGACGAUGCAAAGAAACUGGCCAGGCAGUGGAACACCAAGCGAGCCAUAUCACUCACCACCUUCAAGUCUCGAGCCAGGAUCUAUCCUUUCGCCAGUGACAUUAAGACCAUUUCUGAGGACGUUGAACGGGAGUUAGAGCCCACUAGACGCGUGUGGAGCAUGCCAGAGUUCCGCACCACCAAAGAGGACUGAAGUUCCUUGGGCACGACCGGGUGCAGAGAAUGUGAAAACCAAUAUGAACAAUUUUGGCCUUUUUUUGCACUUACUGAGGGAUAAGAGUUACAUAUUCGAAGAAGACAAUAGAAAUAAUGUUCUUUUGAACGAAAGUGUUAUUUUUGAAAUGAUUAGUCAUUUAUAUUUUGUUCUGUCAUUGUGUAGCAUCUUAGCUUUUCCAGUGGA